UACUUCCGGUUCAGCGUGACCUUUCUCGCCGUCGCCGCCGCCUCCAGCAGCCUUCUCGCUUCACUCCGGGAGCAGGACAGACCUCGCCGGCUAAAUAUGCUGUCAGUACGCGUUGCAGCGGCUCUGGCCCGCACUCUUCCCCGUCGUGCGGUGUUCGUGAAAAAUGCUGCCGCAGCCUGUGUAGGAGUCAAGAAUCUGCACACCACCAGACCAUGGAUGCAGAAAACGGGCACAGCUGAGGUGUCCUCCAUCCUGGAAGAGAAGAUCCUGGGAGCAGACACUAGUGCUGACCUGGAAGAGACUGGCCGCGUGCUGUCCAUCGGUGAUGGCAUUGCUCGAGUGUACGGUCUGAGGAAUGUGCAGGCCGAGGAGAUGGUGGAGUUCUCAUCUGGGCUCAAGGGUAUGUCUCUGAACUUGGAGCCCGACAAUGUUGGUGUUGUCGUGUUUGGUAACGACAAGCUGAUCAAGGAGGGUGAUAUUGUGAAGAGAACCGGAGCUAUCGUAGACGUGCCUGUGGGUGAAGAACUGCUGGGACGUGUGGUUGAUGCUCUGGGAAAUGCCAUCGAUGGGAAGGGUCCACUUGGCUCUAAGACCCGUCGUCGUGUGGGUCUGAAGGCCCCUGGUAUCAUCCCUCGCAUCUCUGUGAGGGAGCCCAUGCAGACUGGCAUCAAAGCUGUGGACAGUUUGGUUCCUAUCGGUCGUGGCCAACGUGAACUUAUCAUCGGAGACAGGCAGACUGGCAAAACCGCCAUUGCCAUCGACACCAUCAUCAACCAGAAGCGCUUCAAUGAGGGGACCGAUGAGAAGAAGAAGCUGUACUGUAUCUAUGUUGCCAUCGGCCAGAAGAGAUCCACUGUGGCUCAGCUGGUGAAGCGGUUGACCGACGCCGACGCCAUGAAGUACACCAUUGUGGUUUCUGCCACCGCCUCCGAUGCUGCUCCUCUGCAGUACCUGGCUCCCUACUCCGGCUGCUCCAUGGGAGAGUACUUCAGAGACAACGGGAAGCAUGCCCUGAUCAUCUACGAUGAUCUGUCCAAGCAGGCUGUGGCCUACCGCCAGAUGUCCCUGCUGCUGCGUCGACCCCCCGGUCGUGAGGCUUACCCAGGAGAUGUCUUCUACCUCCAUUCCCGUCUGCUGGAGAGGGCAGCCAAGAUGAACGACAACUUCGGUGGCGGCUCCCUCACGGCCCUUCCUGUCAUCGAGACACAGGCUGGUGAUGUGUCUGCUUACAUUCCAACCAACGUCAUCUCCAUCACAGACGGACAGAUCUUCUUGGAGACCGAGCUCUUCUACAAGGGAAUCCGUCCUGCCAUCAAUGUCGGUCUGUCUGUGUCCCGUGUCGGAUCUGCUGCCCAGACCAGGGCCAUGAAGCAGGUGGCCGGUACCAUGAAGCUGGAGCUCGCUCAGUACCGUGAGGUGGCUGCCUUCGCCCAGUUCGGUUCUGACUUGGAUGCUGCCACUCAGCAGCUGCUGAACCGUGGUGUUCGUCUGACAGAACUUCUGAAACAGGGACAGUACUCUCCAAUGGCCAUCGAGGAACAGGUAACGGUCAUCUAUGCUGGUGUUAGAGGACACCUGGACAAAAUGGAGCCAAGCAAGAUCACCAAAUUCGAGAAGGCUUUCCUGCAGCACAUUCUGAGCCAGCACCAGGACCUGCUGGCUGCUAUCAAGGCUGACGGUAAAAUUUCUGAGGCGUCCGACGCUAAGCUCAAGCAAAUUGUGUUGAAUUUCCUCUCUAGCUUUGAGUAAUUGGUGCAUUUAGAGUUUUUCAUGUUUGCAUCGUACGCUGUCAGUUACAUCCCCUAUGAACUUCAAACAAUUCAAGUGGCACUUGAUCUUUAAUGUACAGAUACCUGUUAAAAAAAGAAUAAACUAUUCCAACGAC